UCGAAAAGCUGGAGCGCCCGUCAGCAGAGCAGUUUGGAUUAAUAUAAAUUAACGGCAACUGAAGAAACAGCAGACGAACUAAAAUCGGAGGGGAAAGAUGGCAAACGAAGUGGAUUCGGGCGGAAGGCGCAAACGCGGCUAUGGUCUGGACAGUGAACGACUCACUGCUGAAGAGAUGGAUGAACAGAGGCGACAAAACAUUGCCUAUGAAUAUCUCUGUCACUUGGAGGAGGCCAAACGGUGGAUUGAGACCUGCUUGGGUGAGCAGCUUCCACCAACUACUGAUCUGGAGGAGAGCUUGAGGAAUGGUGUAAUUCUGGCUAAGCUGGGCCACCGCUUUGCACCUACUGUUGUUCCACAGCGGAAAAUCUAUGAUCGAGAACAACUGAGGUACAAGGCAACUGGGCUGCACUUCAGACACACUGACAACAUCAACCACUGGCUGAAUGCAAUGGCCAAGAUUGCUCUCCCAUCGAUAUUUUACCCAGAAACAACGGACAUCUAUGACAAGAAGAAUAUUCCCCGUGUUGUUUAUUGCAUUCAUGCUUUCAGCCUUUACUUGUUCAAGCUGGGUUUGGCUCCACAGAUACAGGACCUGUAUGGAAAGGUCAAUUUCACAGAGGAGGAGAUCAAUAACAUGAAAACGGAGCUGGACAAAUACGGAAUACAGAUGCCCUCGUUUAGUAAGAUUGGUGGAAUCUUGGCCAAUGAACUUUCGGUUGAUGAAGCAGCAGUGCACGCAGCUGUGAUUGCCAUUAACGAGGCCAUCAAGCGAGGCCUUGCGGACCAAACUAUGCUGGCUCUGCGCAAUCCAAAUGCAAUGCUGGUCAAUCUCACUGAUGGUCUUGCUCCAGUUUACCAGGAAAUGCUCUACCAAGCUAAGAGUGACAAGGCAGCCAAUGCCAGAAACCGGAUCAAUUAUAAACCAGAGGUGUCCGAAGGGAAGGAUGUGUAUGAGGAGCUCUUGACUCAAGCUGAGAUUCAAGGCAACAUUAACAAAGUCAAUGUGCAAGCUGCCUUGGAGUAUGUGGAUGAGGCACUGGAGAGGAGAGAUGCACAGGCUCUGUACUUGGCUCUGCAGAGUCCAGCUUUGAGUCUGCACGAGAUUCAUCGGGAGAAUAUGGAAUGGUACAUGGAUCAGCUAAUCAUCGACCGUGAGCAGAAAGCAUUGGAGCUGGGGAUGAUGGAUCCACUGGAGAAGGAAGAACUCCAGGCUGCUGUUCAUGUAGCCAAUGAAAAUGCCAGUAUACAUCUGCACAUCAUGCAGUCCGUGGCAAGUAUCAAUGCAGCUGUGCGCAAGGGGAUCCCCCAUGAGACGGUGAAGGAACUGAUGAACUCCAGUGCCAAACUGCCAGAUGUCUACCCAUUUGCAGCAGGACUGUACCAGAGAGAGCUGUCUGCUCUCCAGCGACAGAAACCACAGGGUGAGCUGACGCAGGAGGAGCUGUACGUGGCUGUGGAGAUGCUCUCGGCAGUGGCAUUGAUCAAUCAGGCCCUGGAAGCCGGCGAUCUCAGGUCCUUCUGGAGCUGCCUGCUCAGCCCAGCGACAGGCCUGACUGAUGUCAAGAAUGAGAAUGUAGAGCGGUACUUUGACGCACUACGGAGACUGAAGCAGCAGAACUGUCGGGACGGGGAGGCCAUGCUGUCCUGGAACAAUCUGCAAAUGUGUGUGCACGAAGUGAACUCUGCCGUGCAAGAGGAGCACGACCAAAUCGCUGCCAUUGGUUUAAUAAAUGAAGCCCUGGACCACAAUGAUCCUGAGAGGACCAUUGCUGCUCUUCUCAUGCCUUCCGCCAGACUGGCCCACCUGGACUUUCCAACAGCGAGGCGUUACCACGACGUACUAGCAGUGGCAAAGCACCAUAAGUCAAAGGUCAUGCAGGACACAGCAGCAGUACUCUGGUUGGAGGAGAUUCAGGAUGGAAUUCACAAAGCCAAUCAAGACAGUCAGUUGGCUAGAAAAUUGGCCCUGGGGGUGACAGCUAUCAAUCAGGCAGUCAAGGAGGCCAACUCUUCUCAGACACUGAGGGUUCUGCGCUCACCAGAUGUAUUCCUCUGCAGUGUGAUUCCAGAGUGUGCAGCGGCCUAUCAGUCUGAGCUGGCCAUGCAGGUGCGAGUUAAAGUGGAAACAGGAGACAAUAGAAGCCCAUGGGUGAAGCAUGUGCUAAAGGAUGGGUCGAUGUACUAUUUCAACCUGCAGAGACUAGAGGGAAGCUGGGAGCGUCCCAAAGGUUUUGUACAGAACUCCACACAGCUCAACCGGGAUGAGAUUCAGUCUACUGUUGCUUCAGUGACAGCUGGUUAUAACAGAGAGCAGCUCUGGCAGGCGAGUGAAGGCGUGAUCAGCAGGCUUCAAGCCCACAUGAAAGGUUAUCUCGUCCGAAAGGAUCUGUCUGCUCGCAAGCACUUCCUCCAAAGGCAGCUGCCUGCUAUCAUAGCAAUUCAGUCGCACUGGAGAGGUUAUAGACAAAGGAGAGAUUACCAGAAGAGACUUUAUCACCUUCAAGACAACGCAGAUGCUGUAAUUAAGAUCCAGUCGUGGGUGAGAAUGUGGCAGGCCCAGAGGAGGUACAAGGCAAGGCUGCAAUACUUCAAGAACAAUAUUGCUCCAGUAGUUAAGAUCCAGGCGUUCGUCAGAGCAAAUAAGGCCAGAGGAGACUACAAGAUGUUGGUCCACGCCAGGAACCCUCCACUGGGGGUAGUGCGGAGGUUUGCUCACCUCCUGGAUCAAAAUGACCACGACUUCCGUGAGGAGUGGGAGCUGAUCCAGCUUCGUGAGGAAGUGGUGCAGUGCAUCCGCUCCAGUCGCCACCUGGAGCAAGACCUCAAUGUAAUGGACAUCAAGAUUGGACUGUUGGUGAAGAACAGGAUCACCCUGCAGGAAGUGGUUUCCCACUGCAAGAAACUGACUAAGAAGAACAAGGGACAGCUGUCAGACCUGAUGGUGAUCGACAAACAAAAGGGGAUAAAGGCCCUCAGCAGAGAGAAGCGGGAGAAACUGGAGGCCUACCAACAUCUCUUCUACCUCCUGCAGACGAAACCGGUCUACCUGGCUAAGCUGAUCUUCCAGAUGCCUCAGAACAGAUCAACCAAGUUCAUGGAGUCUGUGAUCUUUUCACUCUACAACUACGCAUCCAAUGAGAGGGAGGGCUACCUGCUAUUGCGUCUGUUCACCACAGCCCUUCAAGAGGAGGUUAGGUCAAAGGUUGACCAAGUCCAUGAGAUUGUAACUGGAAACCCCACAGUGACCAAGCUCGUGGUGAACUUUUACCGUAAUAUCCGCGGACAGAACGCACUACGAGAGAUCUUGGGGCCAGUCAUCAAAGAGAUUCUGCAGGACAAAACCCUAAGCAUCAAAACUGACCCUGUCGACAUCUACAAGAGCUGGGUGAACCAGAUGGAGAGCCAGACCGGGCAGAGAAGUAACUUGCCGUAUGAGGUGACGGCAGACCAAGCCCUGACCCACCAGGAAGUCCAGCGGAGACUCGACAUAUCCAUCCGCCAUCUGCGGACUGCCACUGACAAGUUCCUCAAUGCCAUCAUAUCCUCUGUGGACAAGAUACCGUACGGCAUGAGAUACACCGCAAAAGUGUUGAAGAGUUCACUGAGGGAGAAGUUCCCCAGUGCCACCGAAGAAGAAUUGCUCAAGGUGGUUGGGAACCUCCUGUACUAUCGCUACAUGAACCCUGCCAUCGUGGCCCCAGAUGGGUUCGACAUCAUCGAUAUCACAGUGGGAGGGGGGCUCCACACAGACCACCGCCGCAACCUGGGUUCCAUCGCAAAACUGCUCCAGCUCGCUGCCUCCAGCAAGAUCUUCGAGGGAGAGAGUGCUCAGCUCUGUACCAUGAACAACUACUUGUUCCAGUCCCAGGAGAGAUUCAGGGCAUUUUUCCAUGCAGCCUGCAAUGUCCCUGAACCUGAAGAAAGGUUUAAUGUGGAUGAGUAUUCAGAAAUGGUCAGCCUGAGCAAACCAGUCAUCUACAUAACCGUUGGGGAGUUGAUUAAUACUCACAAGCUCCUGAUCCAGCACCAGGAUUCCCUCUCGGUGGAGCACAGCGAUCCUCUUCACGAACUGCUGGAGGAUCUUGGAGACCUGCCCACUGUUGAAUCGCUCAUAGGUGAAGGAGCCGUUAGUGCAAAUGAUUCACAUGAAGACCGUUUGACCCAUCUCUACAAAAUGGAGGUCUCGCUAACCCUGACUAACAAAUUUGUUAUAUGUAAAAAUGGAAAAGAAGCAGAUGAUACCAAAGGUUUGUUGCUCAGCACAAAGCAGCUGAUUGUGGAUGUGAUCAGAUCCCAAGCCGGAGAUUCAUUGACUGAAAUAUUGCGAACAUCUGCAUCAACAGAUCAGGUGGCAGACCAUCACCGCAUUGUUCAGAAGCGAGCAAUGCGUGAUGCGCGCACUCCAGAGAAGAUGAAGCGACACCCGUCCUUGCUUCUUGACAACAAGCUCCCAAUCGAGGAGAAAAAGCGAAAGAUUAUCCGAAGCUUGAGGAAGUUAGAAGCUGCCGGUGUGGUGUCCGCUGCCAAUGACUAUCAGCAGCUGAUCAAUGAGAUAGCCAGGGACAUCCAAAGUCACCGGCGCUACCGGCAGCAACGCAAGACAGAGCUAAACAAGCUGAAGCAGACGCUGCGUAGGAUUCUCUCCAAGACGGCAUUCUUUGAGGAGCAGAUUGACUACUACAACCAGUACAUUAAGACUUGUCUUGACAACUUAGCAGCUAAGGGAACAGGUCCUGGGAAGAAAUCUGCAGAGGCCAAGGGAAAGAAGAAUAAAGUCCUGUCUCUGAACUACACCGCUGCACGACUCCAAGAGAAGGGGGUCCUGCUGGAGAUCGAUGAUCUGCCCACCAGCCAGUUGAGGAACGUUCUCUUUGACAUUGUGCAGAGCGAGGAGGCCGGGACCUUCGAGGUGAGGGCUCGUUUCAUGGGUGUGGACAUGGAGAGGUUCCAUCUGAAGUAUCAGGAUCUUCUCCAGAUGCAGUACGAGGGAGUGGCUGUGAUGAAGUUGUUUGACAAGGCCAAGGUUAACGUGAAUCUGCUGAUCUUCUUGCUCAACAAGAAGUUCUUCAAGAAAUGAGUUGCUGUCUCACACUAUUGCUUUUGCAAAAGAUGUAACCACGUGCUUCUGCUGUGCAGACGCAACUAGCAUUAGAACAUACCAUGGUAGAUCACCUGUGGCACACCAGUGCGUCAAUACACAUACAUAGUUAAUAUAUUAUUGCUUAAAGGUAACCUCAGACUCUAAUAGCUUGGAGAAAGGAAUUGAGAAUUGUGUCCUGUGCUCUUUACAAAAGGUUUAUUGUUGAACCUGGAAUCUCAAGGCUUCAAGAACAUCUGGGGCCAGGUCCCCUGAACAGCAUCUCCAGUAGCUCUGCCAGUAAUAACAGAUUUAUUUUCUCUAUCUCGUGCCUUGGGAUUAUCCUCCUGUGUGAUUAUGGGAAUCUACAGCCAUUUCCUUGGGGUCCAGAACCUUGAUUCCUGCUCUUCCGCCCACUCUUUCAACCUGUCACCUGCUACUCGUGUUUAAACUGAAGUGGGUUAUGAGUUACUGUGGGUGUGCAGUGGGCCAUCAGGAAAAGGGAGGUGUAGGGGUCAGAAGCAGUCCUCUGCUCCCAACCAGUUCAGGGGCUUCAGAUGGAGUAGGUUCUGUUUUAUCCCAGUCCUAAACUCUAAACCAUGUUUUUAAACUUCUGUAGCUUCGCAAUGAUUGGAUUGGAAAGUUGCCUGUUGACUCUGAGCUCUAUGGUAAAUGCUUGUCAUGGGGCUUUAGACAACUUUGUGUUAAUACUGCAGCAUGCUUGCUUGGUGAACCUAACCAAGUCUUGGUGCUAGUUGAUUGUGAAUCAGGGCCACUGCAUCUACAAUUAUAUUUACCUCAUGAUUUUAUACUUCAAGGAUGGAGUUGCCUCCAUCACUGUAGGCCCUGAGUUAUGUCCCUCAGGAGAAUUCUGUGCCAUAGAGACAAAUUUCUGUGACAGAAACAACGUUGACUAUAUUCUUGGUAUGUUAGGAGGUCUUAACACCAAAUGUCUUCAUAGGGACGCAGCCCCCACCCCUGGCCUGCGACAGAACCCAUGGCCUACUCUAUCCUGUUACCGGAGCCAUUGAAAUAUGCACCAUGCUUUUGUUGAUUGACAUGGUAAGACUGGGACCUUCAGGGUUUUUAUGUGUAUGUCCCAUUGUAGGAAAGAACAUAACAGGCAAAAGCCCAUUUCUGAGCAGCCACGGUACCCUUUUGUGAGGGGCUGCAGCAGUUCAAUGCUUUCUGCUAUCUGUUCUCAGUCACAUAAGCUAAAGGAAGUGUCCAGCAUUUUAAACAAAGAACUGGAUGUGACCAAGUAAGCUGGAAUACUUUGUGGCUCCCCAUGGAGGGAGGGGUCCCAGGUGCCAUGUGACCAGAGCACACGUCAAGGCAAGGCAGUGGAAGGAAUGAAACCAGUACGGUUUGUCAGACCACAGCUCCCAGUGUGCUUCAGGUGGGGCACUCUGCUCCCUUUGUCUGAUGACUCAGCCCUGUUCUGAAGGAGUGUUUAUCUCUUCACCCCAGUUUGGUUGUAGAUUUCCCCAUUCAUGCAGCAAGAUCUAACUGCCAGCUGGAUCUUGCGUCCUGCUGAGGGUGUGACUUUCAAUCGCACCCAAACUAACAGGUUGAAAGAGUGACAUUGAACCAGGUUUUCUGCCUGUAUCACUCCCCCAUCACCCUGAGUGAAACAGUGACUCUGCUGUUGGUUUUCCUCCAUUAUCUUAAAUUGGUCCGCUGAUAAUUGAUGAGAAAGAUCUAAUUCAAUGUUUCAGUUCGUGGUACAAACUAUUUUAUCAAAGUGUUGGGAUUUUGUGUGUAACAGUUAUGAAAGUUUACUUUUUUUUAGAAGACCUGCUCUGAGCAGCAGUGUACAAUUGCACCCACUGAUCUGGCAGCUCGAGUAAGUAGUUUGUUCAGACUGUAUUGGGAUGAAAGAGCAGGCAUUCUGUUGGAUCUGCCCUCCACCAGCAUCACUGAAACCAAAUUAACCAGCCAUACUUGGGGCUGUCUUGUAACAGUAUCUAAUCUCCCAAAGUUGCUGCCUGUGUAAAGAAGUUCUCAUACUUUACAUAACUCUCCCCAAGCUGUCCAGUCAUUUCACUGUGAUCUGACCAAGCCUCAGCUCCCAGCUCCCAGCUCCCAGCUCCCCAUGGCCUUCAAAGCCAAGAUGAAUGUUUUCCACACCAAAAAAAAACAAGUUUCUGAAAGAAUCCAUUGGGUCGGGCAGCAUUUGUUGAGAAAAAUAAGUAGUCUGCAUUUCGGGUCAAGACCCUUUGUCUGCACAUAAAGAAUUGAGGGAAAGUGCAGGGCAUAGGUGGAUCCAGGUAAGAGGGAGGGUGAUAGGUAGAUGCUGGAGAGAGAAUGGAGGUAGUGGAGGGGAUAGAUGAAGGUAACAGAGGGCUGCUGAUGGUGGCAUCUGAUUGGAGAGUGAGGCGAGCAUGGCAGUAGGGUGGACAUGGGGAGCCCUGGUACACUGAACCAAACAGACUGUCAUAGCUGCAGGGCUGAUGAUACCCAAGACCUAGCUGGUGCCUUGAAGCCCCUCACCGCCAGGGUGGUGGAUGGAAGGAGGUAAGCUAGUGGUAAUCAUUCCAGUAUUGAGGGAGUGCCAAGGUUUGUGGCCUGGAUGCAUUUUUAAUGGUUUAGUUCUGGAGCACGUCCUACAUAGCCAGAAUCUUGGUUGGGAUUUAGUGACUAACUUGAAAUACCCUCGUCCCUGUCACUGACCUCUCCGUGUGUUUACCCUUCAGUUUGUUAGAGAAGACAGGGACUUCGGGGCUUAGUAGACCACCACCACUCUCUUCCCCUAACAAUAAUCAGCAAGAAUGGCAUCCAUUCCAGGUUAUUAAACAACUGUCGAUUCAGAUGCAGCUGGAGAAGGACAGAGUUGGUCUGACCAGCAGGUCUGACUCCAGUGGGAGUUAGAACAGGAAGGAACACUCCAGAGGUACGUGAUCUAGAUUGUUAGAUGGACACCAAAAGAUGGACUUCUGUGCUGGCAGGGAGGUUAAAUCUUCUGAUGGUCACUUUUUAAGAUUUGUACACAAUCGUAAAGAAAUCAUGUUUUUUUUAAAUGGUACAAAAAAUGGUUGAGUGUAACUGAACUGUUUGUGAUCAAGAUGUUUGCUAAAAUCACUACAUUUUGUAACUGGUGCUUUUACAUGUUGCUCCUUCUGUCUCGUUCUUUGACUGUUGUUUUUGGAGUUUGUCAUUUACUCCCCGUACACUGUAUUUUAAUUUGUACAUUAUAGCUGGAGGCUACACAGUGCUUUGGUGCAUUUAGUGCAUCUGCAGAAUGGUUUCAUUGCUCAAUCCAGAUACAGCAAUGGUGGAGAGCAAGGAGGAGGAGUGUGUUCAUGUUACAGUUCAACGUCAGUCUGAAUCCAACAUAUGGUUUUGGAAUGCAAGUCUCUCUUCUGCUGUGGGAGAUUCACACCGAGUCUCAGACUGGCAGAUGCAAGCUUUGUGGUUUCAAAUGGUCCAUAUGUUGACACCACCUUCAAAUUCAGUCUUGAUGUGUGAAAUCAGCUGUGGAAAAUGGAAUAAUUCUGCCUUGCCAGUAAUUUGACUCAAAUUCAGAUCAAAGCACCUUGAAUCUAAACCCUUGUCUUCUGACCUUGAAAACCCUUUUCUGUGUGUUUAUUUCUCAAAAUAAAUUAAAUGUCAA